AUGAAGUUUAUGCAAGCAUUCAAGGAUUCUGCAAACAGUCAUGAGGAUACUUCCUUCACCAGUCCCAGGUCCAAUCCAACAAGAACAUUAGGUAUGAAUCCAAAGUUAACUUUUCCUGAAUUUGAUAGCAAGAAUCCUAGAUUCUGGGUGAAGAAGUGUUGCAAAUACUUUUCUCUGUGUAAAAUUCCUGAUGAACAGAAGGUUGAUCUACCUUCUCUUAACACGAUUGAUAAAGCUGGAGGUUGGAUGAUGAACUAUCUAUCUGUCAAGAAAACUGUGAUAGUUGAUUGGAAUGACUUUGUAGCUGAUUUGUAUGCUAGGUUCAGAGAUAACUCUACACAUAAUGUGGUAGAAAAUUUUAACAAACUACAGCAAAGUGGCUCAUUAGAAGACUAUAUUGAUGAUUUUGAAAAUCUGAGGUCCAUUAUGAUGAUGAACAAUCACAUUUUACCUGAUGCAUACAUGUUGGAAAGCUUUAUUGGAGGACUCAAAUUAGCUGUCAAACCAUUUUUUAAAGCUCUCAAACCUGGUUCUAUUACUGAUGCCAUAGAUUUGGCUAGGUUACAGGAGGAAUAUUUAAAUCACAAGUGCCAAUUCAAGGAACCCCAACUAUUUACAGUGGAGAUCUCUGGAGAUGGAGUUGAGGAGACCAGUGAUAGUGUGGAGAUAUAUGUGGGAGACACAGAGAUAAGUGAACCAUUAAUUUCCAUGAGUGCAUUAUCUGGAAGUCAAGGGUUUACUACUAUGAGAGUUAGAGGUGUGUUGGAAGCCAUUCCACCCCAAGCCAAUACAGUACCUGAUGGCAAUCACCUAGCUUGUCAACACAUUUGCAAAGGUUUUACUUGGGCAAUGCAGGAUACUAUCUUUGAAGCUGAUGUUCUGCUUAUCCCCCUAGGUAGCUUUGAUAUGAUGGAGUUUUGCCUCAAUGGGAAACAAAUAUUGCUUAAGGGUAUUCCAAGUAAGAAGCUGAAAGUUAUUGAAGGGGAACCAUCUUCCAAGGUGUUUUCCACAGCUGCUCACUUGUGUUUGAUACAAGUACAAGACCGAUCUUACUUGGGUUCAGUAACUCACACCCCACAGACAUUGGUUGCUGAUGAAUUAAAGGAACUACAGCUUACCUACCAGAUGGUGUUUAAGGAUCCUACAGAGUUACCACCCUUAAGAGGAGUGUUUGAUCACCCCAUACCAUUACUACCAGAUGCUACUCCUAUGAAUAUUAGGCCAUACAGAUAUCCCUUGAAGCAAAGAGACAUCAUAGGGAAGAAAGAUGGUACUUGGAGAUUGUGUAUAGACUACAGGGAGUUAAAUAACAGAACUGUAAAGAACAAGUUUCCUAUUCCAGUGAUUGAUGAACUAUUGGAUGAAUUAUCAGGUGCUACAGUGUUUUCCAAGUUAGACCUUAGGUCUGGUUAUCAUCAGAUGAAGGUUCAUCCUCCUGACAUUUAUAAGACAACUUUCAAAACACAUACUGGCCACUAUGAAUUUUUAGUCAUGCCAUUUGGCCUCACUAAUGCACCUGCCUCAUUUCAGAACUGGAUGAAUCAGGUAUUUAAGCCUCUUCUCAGAAAGUGUGUUUUCAGUCUUUUUUAUGACAUUUUGGUGUAUAGCAUGACACUUGAGGAACACUGGACUCACUUGGCAAUGGUCUUUGAACUAAUGAAGUCUAACCACAUGUUUGCAAAAUUGAACAAAUGUGUGUUUGCAACUGACAAAGUAGAGUAUUUGGGCCACUAUAUUUCAGCUGCUGGUGUUCAGACUGACCCAAACAAAUUUAGUACUGUUCGGAGUUGGCCUAUUCCCACUACUGUCAAAGACUUAAGAGGAUUCUUAGGGUUGGCAGGUUAUUACAGGAAGUUUGUGAGAGCUCAAAUCAGUAUUGGUUACUGCUCCUGUAUUGAUAAGCAAUUCAUUGUGGAGACUGAUGCUUCUCAUAAAGGUAUUGGUGCUGUUUUAAUGCAGGAAGGUCAUCCCUUGGCCUUUAUAAGCAGAACUAUAGAUCCUAAAUGGCAACAACUAUCAUGUAUAUGA